CCGCUAUUUUCACAUUUCACCAUGGCAACUGAACGUAUCUCACAAAUUAUUCCAUUUGUAAAGUGUUCUGACUGUGGUGCCAAUGUCAGUUUACGCAAUCUAGGAACACAUAUCUGUUCCAAUAUGCCUCCUAUACCGGCUUUACCUAUUCUUCCACAACAAAAAAAGGAACGCUCUAAUCCAACUCCAACUUCCUCACCUUAUAACACCAAUAAUAGUUAUUAUAAUAUAGAUUCACCUUCCUCUACAUCUUCACUUCGAAAUCAAUAUAGUGAUCCUGUUCUAGAUAGAUACCCACCAUCUCCUACAAAAAAUACAUCAUCGUCAAGAUCAGAUCGUUAUGGCUCUCCUACAAAAAACAACUAUAAUCAUUCUGAAUAUGAUAAAAGACCAUCACCGAAGAACGCAACCAGUGGAUUUGGAAAUACAUACAAAAAUGGUGCAAGUGGAUCACUUGACUCUUUAAUGGCCGAUCUUAUGGAUAGUAUGAAUGAAGCUAUUGAUCAAUGUACAGAUCCUAGACCUGCUCCACCAGCUAAUGGUUGUGCUUCAUGUUAUGAAACUUUUAAUAGACAUGAUGAUCCCCUUAUGUAUGAAAGCAAGCUUUAUCAUGAACGCUGUUUUACUUGUACUGUUUGCAGAAUACCAUUGGAUUUACGACGUGCACACGAACAUCAAAACAAUUUAUAUUGUCAACGUGAUUUUGCCUUAGUCAAGAAAAAAAUUCAUUGUGCUUCUUGUGAUCAAGCAAUAGAAAGUCAUCAAACUCCACUCAAAGCAUUAGGAAAAUACUAUCAUCCUGGUCAUAUUCAAUGUUAUCAAUGUCAAGAACCUUUGGAUGAAAAAUCAAGUUAUCGAGAACAUCAAGGUAGAGUUUAUUGUCGACGUGACUACCGAAAGAUGACUUUACCAAAAUGCCGUGGUUGUGGAAAACCUGUAGAAAAAGAAGCGGUUUCUUCCAAAGAACUUCAGGGAAAAUGGCAUGUGUCUUGUUUUGGUUGUCAGACAUGUCAUCAAUCUUUUCCAGAUAGUACUUUUUACGUAUAUGAUAAUUCUCCAUAUUGUCGACGCCAUUAUCAUCAAUUGAAUAAUUCAUUAUGUCGAUCAUGUGAUGAACCGAUUGAAGGACCCUGUGCACAAACAUCAGAAGGUUGGCGAUUUCAUCCACCUUGUUUCACUUGCAACGUAUGUGAUUGUGCUUUGACUGAUACUUAUUAUAUGUUCGAGCAUCGGAUUUACUGUGAACCUCAUAUUAUGGAAUUACAACGACGAAGAAAAGUACGUGCUGAAAAACGGAAGACUCAUUUUGGUCAGGUUUGAUUGGAUUCCCCCUUUUUACUGUAGUGUCCUUUUUUUUUUUUUUUGAUCUUUGUUGAACCCCAAUUUCCGCCAAUAAACUGAAACCACA